AUGGACCAAGUUGUCAUCUCUGAAGAUGGCGAGACUGCCACAAUUGGAGGCGGAGCAAGCGUUAAGGAGGUUGUCAGUACCCUGUGGGCAGCAGGCAAGCAAACAGGAAUUUGCGAGUGCGUUGGCAUUUCUGCCCCAGUUCUGGGAGGUGGCCACGGGUGGCUUCAGGGCCAGUAUGGGCUGGCUUCGGACCAAGUCAUCUCGGCCAAAGUUGUUCUUCCCGAUGGGAAGCUCGUCACAGCGUCCGAUGGCGAGAAUCUCGACCUCUUCUGGGCUUUGAGGGGAGCCGGCCACAACUUUGGCAUCGUCACUGAGUGGCAGUACCGAGUCCACGAUGUCAAGAACACCAAGUGGUCUUAUCAAAUACUCAUUUAUCUCGGCGAUAAGCUUGAGGAGAUUCUCAAUCUGACCAACGAGAUGAUGAAGACUCAGCCGCCAGAAGUUACGCAUUGGAUGUAUUUUGUCAACAUCCCUGAAAUCGACCCCAGGCGACCCAUCAUCUGGUACGCCAUCAUAUCGGACGACACCUUCGAAAAGUCUACAGAGUAUGCGAAGCCUCUCUACGAUAUUGAUCAUAUAAACGUGGAGGCUGGUAUGGCACCUAUGCCAGACUUGGCUGGCUUAACCUUCAUGAGCAGUGAUAGUGUGGGAUGCGCCAAAGGCUACACGGGCCUGCGAUACCCGAUCGGCCUGAAGACCUAUGACUUGCCCGCCGUCCGGAAAGUAUUUGAUGACAUUGCCGACAUGUCGAACCGCAACCCUGAAUUUGCCGGGUCUUUCUUUCUCCUUGAGGGAUAUUCGACUCACGGGGUGAAAGCCGUCGAUGAGAAGAGCUCAGCUUUCCCGCACCGAGACGAUGAUAUUUUGGUUACGUCGUACAUCAUGUACAAGCCGAACUCGUCUCUUGAUGAGCUUGCUCAAGAGUACGGAGCAAAACUCAGGGGGCAUCUGCUCGAGGCAAGCCACGAGCCUGAGCGCUUAAGGGCAUAUGUGAAUUAUGCUCAUGGAAUUGAGUCACUCGAGGCUGUUUAUGGAUGGGACGAAUGGAGGUUGGAAAAGUUGAGAGGGCUGAAGGCGAAAUGGGAUCCUCAGAAUCGGAUGAGGUUCUACAAUCCUAUUGUCUGA